AUGUCCUCUGAUAUUAAUUCUGAAGAAACGCAAAAAAAUACCCUAGCAAAUUCAAUACCCAUAAAAUCCGAAAAGCCCAUUGAUUUAUUAGAAGAAAGUAAAAACGACAAAAAUUUCGAAAAAUGGCGAAAAAGUUUAAUGUGUGAAAAAUGGCGAGAUGAUUUAACGAAAAAUAGCGCAAUUGUAGUAUUUAUGCUAAAAAAUUUAGAGGACGCAGGAUGUAAACCAGAUAAAAAACAUUUUAAAUGCCUACCAUGUGACAAUACACGUAGCGGAGGAUUUUCUCCUGAUCACGGUAUAAUGUUGUGUCAAAACAGAUUUUAUAGUAAACGUCAUGUAGAAGAUACAAUGGUACACGAAAUGAUACAUUUGUAUGAUCAUUGUCGAUUUAAAGUGGAUUGGAAUAGUUGUUACCACCAUGCGUGUAGUGAGGUUCGAGCUGCUGCUUUGAGUGGUGACUGUAAAUGGACGCGUGAAAUUAAACGUGGAUUUUUUAACUUUACGAAACAACAUCAGGCUUGUGUAAAGAGACGUGCUAUACUCUCUGUUCAGAAAAACGCAUCUUGUUCAUCUCCUGGUGUAGCGGAAAAAGCGGUUAAUGAAGUUUUUGAAAGUUGCUUUAAUGACACACGGCCAUUUGAUGAAAUUUAUUAA